AGUGCAUCACUGCUGUGUCCAACUAAGCCGUAAACCCAAUAAUAAAUACACAAAACAAAAUCCACCAUUCACACCUGCGCAUAUAUAAACAUCACAAUCUCACACCACAUUUUCCCCAAAUUAAAUUCCCAAUCAUGUCUCAUUUUUUCACCAUCCUCCUCCUCCACCUCAUCGCCGCCGCCGCCGCCUCUUCAUCCGAGACCGCCGCCCUCCGCGCCUUCAAAUCCGCCGUGAAGCCCGCCUCCAUCCCCCCUUCCUCCUGCCUCGCCACGUGGAACUUCUCCUUCGACCCCUGCGCCGCGCCGCGCGUGACCCACUUCACGUGCGGCGUCACGUGCGCCAACGGCCGAGUCGUCCAACUCACCCUCGACUCGCAGGGCUACUCAGGCACGCUCACCCCGCUCAUCUCCCAACUCACCCAACUCGUCACCCUCGACGUCGGCGAGAACGCCUUCCACGGCCCCAUCCCGGCCUCCAUCGCCUCCCUCCCCAGCCUCCGCAACCUGAUCCUCCGCGUCAAUUCCUUCUCCGGCGCCCUCCCCCCCUCGAUCGCCGCCGCCAAAUCGCUCACCACCCUCGAUCUCGCCCGCAAUUCCAUCUCCGGCGCCCUCCCCGACCUCAGCCCCCUCCAAUCCCUUACCCGCCUCGACCUCAGCUACAACAAGCUCUCCGGCGCCCUCCCCCGCCUCCCCCCAAAUCUCAACGAAUUAGCCCUAAAAUCCAACUCGCUCACCGGCCAACUCACCAAACCCUCCCUCUCCGAGUUGACUCACCUCAUGGUGCUCGAGCUCGCCGAAAACUCCCUCUCCGGCGAGGCUCCGGCGUGGCUCUUCCUCCUCCCGUCGCUGCAGCAGAUCGACCUCGCGAAGAACGGCAUCACGAGCGUCUCCGUCGCCGCGCCGAGUUCCAACAGCGAGCUCGUGGCGGUGGAUUUGAGCUACAAUAAGAUAGAGGGGAAUUUGCCGGAGGAAUUCGCCGAUUACGCGGCGCUCCGGUCGCUGGCGCUGAGCUACAACAAGCUGAGGGGGCCGAUCCCGUGGCAGUACAGCAGGAAGGGAUCGUCGCUGCGGAGACUCUACCUGGACGGGAACUUCUUAAACGGCUCGCCGCCGCAGGGGCUGUUCGCCGGCGCCGGGCAGGUGUCGGGCAGCUUGGGAGACAACUGCCUGCGGAGGUGCCCGGCGGCGUCGGAGCUCUGCUUGAAAUCGCAGAAACCGGCUUCGAUUUGCCAGCAGGCCUAUGGUGGGAAACCCAAACCCAAAUCUUGAGUGCUGUCAGUCAAUGUCUCCAGUUUUUUUAUUUUUAUUUUAUUUUUGUUUUGUUUUAUUUUAUUUUGUCGAAUUAGCAUUGUAAAGUACGAGUGAGUUACACAGUGGACCAUGAGUGUGUUAGAAAGGGAAGUGUAUUUACUUAUUUAUAUUCAUUUGUUACUCCAUAAAUAAGACGAUGGACAGCUAAGUAAUGUAUACUUUUUCUUUUUGGUUUAA